AUGAACUCUUUUGUCCGGUCUUCACGGAGUGUCGCGCCUAAUGCUCUGACGAGAGCAUCUGCUCGUAGCAGCGCCCCUGCGACGGGCAGGACCCAGACAUAUCGUCUCCAGUCCACCGACAGCCUCGCCUCCAUCCGCAUCCAACAAUCCUCCUCUCAACAGCUCUCUUCUUCCUCUCUUCGCCCUACCACGCUUCGAUCAUCCUUCCUUCCCCAUGAGAUCCGACCCCUCAUCUCUGCCACACCAGCCCGCUCCUUUCAUGUAGCGACGCCGACAUGGCAAAAACAAGAGAAGCCCCAGGCUGAGACGAAGCCUGCCGAGGAAGCUUCCAAGGCCGCCGAGGAGGAGAGCGCCAAGUCCUCCGAGUCAGCGGACAAGGAGGGCGCCUCAUCAGGCGACAAGAAGAAGGAGGGCGAAGAGGGCGAUGGCAAGCAGGAGGAGAAGAAGAAGGACGACGCCCCUCCGCCUCCGCCCCACGGUGACAUGACGCCGUGGCAGGUCUUCAUGGAGACGAUGAACACAGAGCUCAAGAAGUCCAAGGAGUGGAACGAGUCGACCAAGGCCCUCUCCGGCGAGAUCCAGACCUUCCAGGAGAGCGAGCGCGUGCGCAAGGCCCGCGAGGCCUACCAGACCACCACGGGCGCCAUCGGCAAGACGACGUCGACCGUUGUCAAGACGACGGCCGGCGCCAUUGGCAAGGGUGCUGCGUGGACCUGGGACACGAGCGCCGUCAAGGGUGUUCGCAAGGUCGCCAACGUCACCGGCGAUGCCCUCGACAAGGCGACCAAGCCCAUCCGUGAGACCGAGGCCUACAAGAACGUCAAGGAUGUCAUUGAUGACGGCAGCUCUUCGCGUUACGGCGGCUGGGUAGAGAAGGAGGAGCGCAGGCAAAAGCGUGAGGCUGAGAGGGCUCUCAGGGGCGACAAGCCGGAGAACUUUGUUGAGGACCCUGAGGCUGGCACAAACGUCACGCUCCACAAGGAUGCUGCCUGGAAGGAGGCGUGGAGAGACUUCCGCGACCAGAACAAGGUUGUCCAGGGCUUCUUCAGCGCCGGCAAAGUCUACCAGGAGUCCGAGAACCCCCUCAUCUCGACGGCACGAAGCAUCACCGACACCAUCGGCGGUUGGUUCGCCGAGAACGAGCAGGCUCAGGUCAUCAAGAAGUUCCGCGAGAUGGACCCCAACUUCAAGAUGGAGCCCUUCCUCACCGAGCUGCGCGAAUACAUUCUUCCCGAGGUCCUCGACGCCUACGUCAAGGGUGACGUCCCCACCCUGAAGCUGUGGCUCUCGGAGGCGCAGUACUCCGUCUACGAUGCUCUCACAAAGCAGUACCUCAAGGCUGGCAUGAAGUCGGACGGCCGCAUCCUCGAUAUCCGCCACGUCGAUAUCGCCAAGGCACGCAUGCUCGAGCCCGGCGACAUUCCCGUGUUUGUCAUCACCUGCCGCACCCAGGAGGUACACGUCUACCGCAACGCCAAGACCAACGAGCUUGCGGCCGGCAUGGAGGACAAGGUGCAGCUGGUGACGUACGCCAUCGGCAUCACAAGGCUGCCGGACGAUGUCAGCAACCCGGAGACGAGGGGAUGGAGGCUCAUUGAGAUGCAGAAGAGCGGACGCGACUACUACUAAGUGGUAUAACCACCAUCAUCGACGCCGAGCCGGCUCUGUUUUCUUUCGGAUCGGCUCGAACACCAACACUCUCAUACGCUGGCGAUUGGAUGUGACACUUUCUGUCAUUCUGAUGUUUCAAUAAUGUACAAAAAACUAGACCGGGGGCAUUUUGGAGGGGGGAUUCUAGGCGAUUUCUGGGAGGAUGCAGAGGAGGAGAAAGAAAACAGACAGAAGACCAAAUUCUGCGGAGUCUUGCCGCCUGCGGUCUGCGGCCGGGGAGAACCAACACCGCUCUCGCCUCGAGGAGGCUAUCUUGUACGAAUAUCGAAGAGCCUGCUAGGCACCUGGCAAGGGCUCUGCCGUCUGCCGAGCAGUUUGUUUAAUCAAGAGGCCGGACGUCCGUUUGACGUUCUGGGUCGCAGCACAUUGUUCACAAUGUCAAGUCAGUGCGACCAGUCCAGGUCAUUCGGUGGAACGACCCUUUGAGCCAAC